AUGUUAAUUUCCAAAGCGAACAGAAACGAGGUGUACAAGUACCUCUUUAAAGAGGGCGUCGUCUACGCGAAGAAAGAUUACUCUUUGCCGCAACACCCGGACAUUCCGGUGCCGAAUUUGCAAGUCAUCAAGCUCAUGCAAUCGUUCAAGAGUAAAGAGUACGUCAAGGAAAUCUUCUCGUGGCAGUACUAUUACUAUUACUUGACCAACGAAGGCAUCGAGUACUUGAGAGAGUACCUGAACUUAGGGCCGGACGUCGUUCCGGACACGUUGAAGAAGUCCGCGAGACCGGCUGGGGAAAGACCGGGCGCCGACGCCGGCCGCGGCGCCGGCGGCCGAGGCGGCUUCGGCGGCCGAGGCGGCGGCCGAGGCGGGGACCGCGAAGGCUACCGCUCGGAGAGACCGGCGUUCGGUAGAGGCGGGUAA